AUUUAAAUGCUAUGUCAAAUAUCGUUCUCUGUUCAGAAAACGCUAUGAAACCCUGGCUUUUAUAAAUAAAUAAAAAUACAUCAUGAUCAAAAAUACCAACUUUCGGUUUCAAUUUAAAAUUUGUUUGUGUGGACCUUUGGUAAGAAAGUGGAAACCGUUUAAGCCAGAAUUACAUUUGCAACUGGAAAGGAAGGAAUGUCAUGCUGGGAGCACACCUAAUUAUCAGUGAAUUGGUUCUUACCUUUUGUCCUUAAAGCGGUUUGUCGAAUAUGAAUUGUGCCCUAAUUUAAUGCAAAGGUUUCUCCUAGUGUUCUUUCCCUUCCAGGCUGUCGGGUUUGGGAAUGACUGUGGAGGUGAUUGGAAUUGUGAUCGACAGAUUGCAAAGUCCACUCUUCAGAAGCCAGUCGGGAAAAGCCCCAAAUCUCUCACUGAAUUUAACCGGCUGAACGGCAAACGCCAAGAACCAAAUUCCUCCGAGACGGUUAACAUCAUUCGCUUCGGUGGGCUGACGGACAGCAAGACCCUGGACAGGAGUUGCUGCAGGAAUGGUGGAACAUGCAUUCUGGGCAGUUUCUGUGCUUGUCCAAUUCACUUUAUUGGCAGAUACUGCGAGCUGGAUGAGCGCCUUAAGAGAUGUGGAAAAUUUAAAGAUGGCCAGUGGGUUUUAAAGCAUUGUACCUGGUGUAAAUGUAGCUAUGGGAGUCUACACUGCAUUGAAGCAUUUGGGAAGGUUGAGAACUGUGAUCCAGCCCAGGAUGAUUACUAUGAUUAUGAUAUGUUGACUGCUGAUGCCUUCAGCCUGAUACUAGCAAGAUCCCCACUGCUGUCUGUGAUGUAUCUUGCCAUAGCAUUUGCACUAUGAAUUUCAUAGAAUUUAUACAGAUAAAAUAUUUAAUAGAUAUAUUGGAAGGCCCAUGGGUAUGAGGUUGCUUCAUUCUGUGGAAUUUUCUCCAUCUGUAUGGACGCCAAUCAUCUCUAGUACCUAAUGCAAGUGACUUCAUUGGAAAGGCUAGAUAGUGAUUUUUUUUGACAGGUUGUUUAAAUACAACACAGCCAAGUCUUAUACUAUACUCCCCUGUGUCCAUAUAGAUAUUUCCAGUGUGUAGGGCUGGAUAAGAACAACAUGGGGGAAUCCUGACUUUCCCACCACUUAUCUCCACAACCCCUGCAGGCUCCCCCCCCACCCGCUACUCUGCCAAAUAUAGCACUGAUUGCUAGUCUGAUUGUGAUUAGUUAAUGCUGCAAAGACCAGAGAACUAUCCUGCAGUCUUGAUGGACUGUUUAAAGGUCUCUGAAUAAGUGCCAAUAUGAAUUCAUUUCUUUCUUCCUACCCAACUCCCUGCAUGUUGUGCACUGGUCAUGUAAAUUCUCUGUAAAAUGUUAUGCCACAGCACAGAUUCCUAAUCUGUGAUGGGAAACUGAUUAGGUACAGACAAUGCCUGACUUCUGGACGUAAAUCUGUUUUCAUGUGUUUGUGACAGCCUUAUUGAAUCCUGUACUACUUUGGAAAAGAAACAUGGGUUGCAAUCAGCAAGAAUCCUACAUCAGUAGCCAAGGCAAUAGUACGUAAAGCUGUGCAGUAUAAAAGCUGUUUCCAUGAAAAAUGUUUUUGUACAUUGAUGUUGGAAAAUUACAUUUUUUACCAGAGCAUUGAGUACAAAUUAGAUAUAAAUGUUUCCAAUGCUGUAAAUGCUAGUUUUAAUUUGAGUCUUUUACCUGUUUUAAUUAGUAUCUUGCUAGAUUUUGCUGUAAUUUGUUUUAAUGUCUAAUGAUGCAAUAAAGCCAGGAAAAAGGUGCAA